AUGCAACCAGUUCGCGGAAUCCAGCAGGAUGCAAAUGGCACUUACUACAACGUAUCAGGGAUCCGACUUGCCAUUGAUGGGAUGAAAACUGAGGAUACAGAAGGAACGACUAGUGGCAUCUGGAAUGCCAUCCUGGGCUGGCAGCUUCCGCCAGCCGAAGACUACAUCAUACGGCCAGAAGAGAAAAACAAACACGGGUAUUCAGAUCUACAUGCAUUUCAAUACAAAGUACAAGCCAAUCAGCCUACACGCCAAUGUCAUUUUCUGAUUACCCAGUGUAAGCGAAGGAACGCGGAGGGGCAGGAGUCUGUUUGGAGAACUGGCAGAGAAGAGCUGGGGAAGUAUUUCCGCUCGGUGAAAACAAAAAGCCACGGUCAUCGAAUGUACGGAAUAGUAGCUGUGGGAAGAAAAGUUGAAUUUGUGGAAUUCGACCGCCAGACCAACAAUCUGCAGGAUAUUCCAAUUCCCAUAAAGAGUUGCAAGAAAACUAUUCGACAUGCAGAGCGUGGAAAGAGAUUCUGGAUUGAUAGAGAUUGCGAACAGGUGCAAGCUUUCCUAAAUUACAUCAAGGACCGCCAUUGA